CUGAGGCUGGUGCGGCCCACAGUGGUGGUGGUGGUGGUGGUGGUGGUGGUGGCGGUGAGCAGCCCUCUGUUCUGAUGGCGGUGCCGCUGUGCCUCCCGCCCAUGCCGGUGACGUCACCCAGCCUGCGGCAUGCGCCACUGCCGCCGCCGCAGUCGCCGCCGCAGCAGCAGCAGGGGUACCCAGGACCGGCGGCGUUGCUGCCGCCGCAGCCCCUGGCGACAUCGCCGCCUGCUGCUCCCUGCCCCUCCGAGCUGGCGCUGGUAGUGCUGCACGACGGCUCCUGGCGGCUGCUCUCGCUGCAGCACCUCAGCCGGCUGGGGCGUCAGCCGCCAUGCGUGCUAGGACUGGGCCCGCCGGCGGGAAGUGGUGGCAGUGGCGCUGGUUACCUGCUGCUGCUAGCUGAUGACCCCGGGGCACCGCCGCGGCCGCAGCACACGCCCGCCGACGUGCCGCCGCCCGCCGGCUGCCCGCUCCCCGCCGGCUCCGAGUGGCUGCACCUGCUUGAUGCCGCCACGGGUCGGCAGCUGGCCAGCUUCGAUGUACCCGCAGUCAUGGGGGCCUUCCUAGCCACAUGCGCGGAGGCUUGGCAGGUGGGGCCGGAGGCGGGCGUGGGUGCGCCGCAGCCGCCGCCGCCGCCGCAACGGCGGUCGACCCCGGCAGUCGGCGGCGCUGGGAUGGGGGGACAGAUGGGGUGGCCGCCUGCUGGUCGGCUCUUCUGGUUGUUUCGAGAGGAGGAGGAGGAGGACGAGGAGGAGGAGGAGAGGCAGCGCCAGCGGGGAAUGGAGGAUCAGGCGGCGGCGCGGGAGGGGCCUGGAAGGCGCUUAGCGUUCGGGCGGUUUGGAGGGAUGCAUGAGCAUCCGUGGGGACUGCGGCCGCGGUUCUUGGGUUUAGAUCUUGCGGAGCGGGCGUUGGAUGCUCAGAUGGUGGCGUUGCGGGCGGAGUUGGAGGCGGAGGCGGCAGCGGCGCAGCUUGGGGAAAUGGAUGAUGCCGCAUUGGCGGCGGAGGUGGAGGUGGAGGCGGGGGCGGGCGGCGGCCAGGGGCGCGAGGCAGCAGCUGCGGCGGCGGCGGAUGCAGAGGAUGCAGAGGGUGCGGAGGGUCUGCGUCAGUUCGAGGCGUUGCUGGCGGCGGCGGAGGCAGAGCGCCAGCGGGAUGCGGACGGAGGCGACGGCGACGGCGGUGGAGGCGGCGGAGGUGGAGGUGCGGGCCCCAUGGAUGCGGAGGUGCCCGCGCAGCAGCCGCAGCCGCAGGUGCCGGAGCUGCGGCAGCGGUGGCGGAUGCUGGGUCCCAACGUGGUCAUGGUGGACGAGGAUGGGGAUGGGGAUGCGGAGGGGGACAACGGGGCAGGAG